AUGAAGUCACUCUAUUUACAGAGUACUCUACUCUUGACUAGUCUAUUUUACUAUUAGACUACGAAAGCUUAAUAACUAUUGGUACCAAACCUUUUUAAAAAAGAACUGGAAUACAAAGCUGAGGAUUAUAAGUACAUCCCUUAUGCAGAAAUGCGGUAAAAACUUUAUAAUUUGGCAAAUCUCUAUCCUAAUUUGAUGAAAAUCGAGACUGCUGAGUAAAGAUAUGGCAUUCCUCAUGAAGUUGAAUGCGGCAAUGAAUUGUGCUAAAUUGAUAUCGUGACAAUUUCUGAUUUUGAAGUCUAAAGUGAUGAAAAAGCGUAAGUUUACAUUUCAGGCACAUUACAUGGAGACGAAGUUAUUGGUCCUAACACUGCUUACUAUCUCAUUGAAUACCUUAUAUCCUCCUACAAGGAAGACAGUUUAGUCACGAAUCUCCUUCGAAGAAGGGAAAUUAUUAUCACCCCCAUGACAAAUUCUGUUGGCUACAAUUAUAAUGAGAGAGCGGAGAGAAUAAAUGUAAAGUCAGAAAAUUACAAAAGCAAUCCAUACAAGAGAAACAAAAACACAGGAACUAAAGAAUACUAUUUCGAGGAUAUUAACAGAGACUUCCCAUAUAAUACGGAUAAAGAUAAAUGUUUAAAUACAAUAGCUGGUAGAGUAAUUCAUCAAAUUAUGGUUGAAAAUGUAAUUGUUUCUGCUAUAACUUUUCAUGGAGGAAUAAAUGUGAUUGCCUAUCCUUGGGGCUCCUAUAAUAGAUUAAAAUACUAAGGAACUUAGCAAAUUUCAAGAGAAGCCCCUGAUUAUCAAGCUUUCGAAGGCGUUGGCUGGAUCAUAAAGAACGAAACAGGUGCUUACAUCUCUUAAUAAGGAUAGAAACCAAGUAUAAAGGAAUAUAUAUUUGGUGACAUUUCCUCAACAAUAUAUCCAGUUCAGGGAGGCCUUGAAGACUGGGGCUAUGGAGCUGGCUUUGAUUAUGAGAACAAUGAAGCAACUGUUUUCGAGUGUAGACCCACUUCAUACUUACUUUAGAAUGUGACUCAGAGCAAAGAAGCUUAUCAAUCCGUAAGGACAGCAGUAUAUAUUGUUGAAACUGAUGAAUCCAAAAGGCCAGAUGAGAAAACUUUAGGUUCUAGAGAAGUUUCUCAUCAUAGAGAUGGAAGGUUUAAAAUCAGCAAGGAAUCAGUUCAUGAUUAAAACUCUAUCUUUGAUGGACAUAUCAAUAGAAACAUCAGAUUAGCUCUUGCUAUCAUUGAUCUAAGCAAGCCAUACAUUGAUAUUGUGAGCUACAAGGAAUUGGAAAACAACCAAGUAGAAUUAAUUUGGAAGGUCAAUGGAUGCCAUACUUUGAAUUAAGCAAGAACAAUCAUUAAUGGAGUUAAAGAGGAAAUGAUUGAAGCUGGUGCUUCAACUACCUGCAACUAUCUACUAGGAAGAGAGUAAAAAUAGCAUGAGUUCAAGGUUAUAUUUAAUUAAGCUGAUGAUCUAGUACUUGAGGCUGUUACAGACCAACAUUUCGGCAAAAGCAUUAAUCCAUCAGAUGUAUCACCCCCAGGCUUUGCUGAUAACCCACAACUUCAUUUAUCUAAACUCAGACUACAAGAGAAUUAUUAGAUUAAAUCUUCUCAUGGAAAAUCACUUAAGGGUAAUAAAUACAUUAGAUCUACCAAAGAGGAAUCUAAUAUUCUUGUUAAUAUUCUCUUAGAAAUAUCUGGAAUUUAUCAGUUAACUCAAACUGGACCUUAUGAACUUACAGUUAAUGGAUAACUCUCAGAUUUACCACUCUACAUGCAACUAGAAAUACAAAUUAUGGAAUAUGGUGACUUGAGCUCUUUAGCAGUAGAAUACCCAGACUAUAACAGUUUAGGAAAGUCUAUUCUGUCCCUUUACACAAUUGAGAAUUUCAGCAUUAAUAAAGAGUCCAAUAAAUUUUCUCAGAAGUUUGAGUUUCCCCAGAAUAUCACAAAGAUGUCUGAUCUUGCUGGAAGAGCUAUAGCUAUUACUUAGGCAAAAGAUUUAGUUGCAUAUGGAAUCUUAGCUAAUGAAACCAAGGUUGGAAAUGAUUCAAAUCUAUAUACCUUAGGAAAAUAAGCUAAUUCAGUAGCAGUAUGUGAAAAUCUUCUCUCUGCUAUCCAUUACAGAGCCGUGUUUCAGUUAUAGUAAAAAGAUGACAAAGUGAGUUUCUCUGGUCUCCUCAGAACUUCAACAAGAAUGGAGGAUGAAAAUGAAUUAAUCUUAUCAAUAAAUUACAAAUAAUCCUUUGACUUAGACUUCAACUCAGCUUAUAAGCAUGACUUGAACGAAAAGGAUUAAUAUGAAGAGCAUCCAUGCUACGUUCUAGACCAUGAGCAAAUUGAAAACUAAGAUUGGAUUAUUGGCAGAGAUCUUAUGAUGUACGGAUAACACGAGUCUUAUAAUACCAAAAUCCUAGAGACAUCAAAAUGCCAUAUUGGCUUAUAAAAUCCUGACUUUAGAAUUUCAGAUGAGAGAUUCUGCAAGACAGAGCUAGAUUAAUCAAAGAUUGGCCAUCCACUCAAGAAAUACACUCUGACUUCACUAAUAAAUGGAUUUAUUGCAGGUUUAAGUAAGUUAUAAGAUCACUAAUUAAUUACAUUUCUAGUUUGUGGGUUAGUCCUUUCAUUUGUGCUUUAUCUUUCUCAAAAAAUGACAUGGAGAUCUGAAGAAAAAGAUGAGCGUAAGAGAUUAGAAACAGCAGCCAGAAUGGAAUUCGUAGAACUUCAAGAGACCAAUUAAUCUUAAAGGAAUCACUAUGCUGAGAGACUAGACGAUGAUUUAUGA